AUGUUUUAGGAAUUUGCUCAAUACAGUCAUAAAAGAGAUAAGAUUUAACCCGAGAAAUCUUAAGUAAAUUAAGUGUUGAUGUAUAGAAAAGAAGAACUAGGAAAAAAUUAAAUUAAAUGGAAGGAGUUAUAAAAAUUUAGAAAGACUUGA